UUGUGACCAAAAUCUCUUCCCCUUCAGUAGGGCUGGGUGAUAAUCUGGUUUUCAACAUCGUGAUAUAUCACCAUCUAAAUAUCGGGAUAUAUCAAUAUACAGUGGUACCUCGGUUUGCAAACGCAAUCCGUUCCGCGGAGGUGUUCGCUCGCCGAAGGCACGCUUCUGCACGUGCACGAAGCACCGAUAGAGCAUUUCUGCACACGCGCGUGCUGCACAGAUCACUUCUGCGCAUGCGCACCGGGGAACCCGGAUUUAAACACUUCCGGGUCUGCGGUGUUCGUAAACUGAGGUUUUCGUAAACGGAGGUAGUUGUAAACUGAGGUUCCACUGUAUCACCAUGUCUGAAAAAAGGAUGGAGCUAUGUGGAGGCACUGGCUGGCUUCAUGGUUUUUCCUGCAUUGUGAUUUUUGGCGGCGCCUGCUCUUCUGAUUCACUGCCCACUGCAUGAGGCAGAGCAGAGUUAACGAACUGCAGGAAUCAAGAGAAGCGUUGGCUGGCUUCACAGUUUCCCCCACAUUGUGAUUUUUGCAUAGCACACACACAAACACAUCAUGAUUUGCAAUAUACUGAAUUGCCAGGUCAAAAAUUAUGAAACCAAUAUCACAGUACAGAUUUCAAACUGGUUUUGGAAAAUAUCUCGCUAUAUCACCCAGCCCUACCCUUCAGUACUUUGUAACAAGAUCUCUCUUGGAGAUCAAAUGACCUACCCUUCAGAAACCUACCCUUCAGAAAUGGCCAAUGCCACCACCACACAGUGCUCCAAAGGCUCUUCCCAGAUAGUCAGUGCAGGAGGAUACCAUACUUAAUGGUAUCAAAAGCUUUCAAUGUGGGUGGGGAAACCCUACAGUCCUUCUGAUGUUGGACUGCAACUCCUACCACCCCUGAUCAUUGGACAUGCUGGCUGAGGCUCAUGAGAGGUAGUCUGUCGGGGUUCGGUAGCGCAUCUGUGCUAUGUAUGCCAGUUCCUGGGCACAGAUAAUCAGGGCCAGGAAGCCAAAGGAGUUUCCAUCUGAAAACAUGGUUGCAAACCGGAUGGGAAAGAGUACAGAUAAUCAGUUUCCUCCAGAACAACCUGGAGCUGGAUCGCCACCACGCAUUGAAGCAGCUUGCUCAAGUUAGUUCCGACUAGAUCCCAUUGAAAGCAAUGGUCCUUAACCACAUCACAACUAGCAACUUGGGUUGGAAGUCUGUAGAAGUGUAGAAUUCUGAAUAAAUGCAUGUAGGUUCAAUCUGUUGGUCUAGUUUUCCAAAGUAGAGCCCAAAGGAUAAUUUCAAGUAACAUAAACAUUUAGGUGUCUGUUUUAAAAUUACAAACUUGGACCAAAUGAGUCCAACAUUAACUUACUCAAAUACAUUUAGGGUUGGAAUCUGUGCUUUGACCAUUCUGAUUGAAACAAGGUGUCAAAACAGUUUGAAGGGUGAAAUUCCUCACCCAUUAACAGCCACCCACAAUAGUUUUUUUUUUACUAAGUUGUCAGUUCCAGCUACAUUUUAGCUCAAUUAGAUAUCAAAGCUGGAAAGCUAGGUUGCUUUGCUUAUAGCCCUGGCUAUACAAAUUAUGCCCGUUUCCUAGCCCUGUGGAUACGUAAAUCAAUUUUGUGAAGAGUGGCAAACAUGCUUUAGUCCAGGAGUGGGUAUUAGGGCCGGUGGGGAUCUACUGGUAGAUCUUUUGAGAAAAUUGCAGUAGAUCACCAAGGGGUUGACUCUUAAUUAUCUAACAACUAAAAAUAAUUUCACCCAGCCUGCAAAAUUAGGUGCCUGACAAAAUGCUUGUAUGGGAUAACUUUUGAACUCGCUUCUAGUACCCAUCUCAGAUUCCUGGGCUCAGCAUGUUCCCAUCCCUGAAUUAUUAGUGUAUUUCCAACCACCUGGGACACGCUUACGCCCUUGGCUCUGUUUGGUGGACCUUGGGGUUCUAGUGUGACAUGGGGGAACCAAGUAGAUCCUGUAGGCCUGAAAUCUGCCUAUCCCUGUUAAAGGCCAUAUUGGUAACCUGAAAGGGCCCGAUAAGGCCAUUGCGUCUUCCCCCCCCCCCAAUAUCCCUGUUACUGAGUUCACCUGGCCUCAUUCCUAGAAGAGAUCAGGAUGCUUAAAGAGGGGGUUAACUAAGUAUUCUGUGGUAUAGAGUUUCACAUUGUAUUCCUAAGGUUAUUCCACAGGUGUUAGCUGUAAGCCAGAACACUUAAUAACUAAUAUACCAGACGCUUGCUCACUUUCAUACUGAACCAUCGACACGGCAUAUCUACAACAUGCCCAAUAAAUUACAAAUCAAAUACUGUAAGAGUACCAGCAAUUGUUAAUUUCCUAUGGCAAACCCCCAAAUCGACCUUAAUUCCUCCAGUGCAGACGCAUUUUAUGACCAUUUCCUGCUUGCGUCUGCAGUGUGGAUGAUGUCAUAAUGCACAAUGCCAGUGUCGUCAAGGUUCUGAAGCCCACUGUGGGCAUUGCCGCCUGUUUGAAAUGGAGCCCAGCACCUAGAGAAUGGGCGUAAAUGAGAAAGGAGACAGAAAAUGUCUAGCCGAGGAAGUGCAAGUUCUGGUUCCGCGCCUUUGAAGAGGGGGCCGCAUAUGAGGCCUGGCUCAGCCAGGGCUAGAGAUGAAGCGGAGGCAACUCCAAGGAUGGUGGUGAAGGAGACCAGAGCUGUCGUCGUAGACAUUGGUACUGGCUCCUGCAAGUGCGGGUUUGCUGGAGAACUUAAGCCAAGCCAUGUGGUCUCAUCGACUGUGGGCAAGCAUAUCCAAGAGACUGCAAAAACUGGAGACAAUAGGAAAGAGACUUUUGUCGGCCAAGAACUUCGAGAUGCAGGAAUACCCCUGAAGCUUGUGAACCCUUUGAGACAUGGGAUCAUAGUCGACUGGGAUACUGUUCAAGACAUGUGGGAGUAUCUUUUCCUGAAGGAGAUGAAGAUUCGGCCCGAGGAGCACGCGGUCCUAGUAUCAGAUCCGCCCCUGAGCCCUACCACCAACAGAGAAAAAUACGCAGAAAUGUUAUUUGAGAGCUUUUGCACUCCUGCCAUGCACAUCGCUUACCAAUCUAGAUUGUCCAUGUAUUCCUAUGGCAAGACGUCGGGUCUCGUCGUAGAGAGCGGUCACGGUGUUUCCUACGUGGUCCCCAUUUAUGAAGGCUAUACCAUGCCAAGCAUUACUGAAAGGGUAGACUAUGCUGGGUCCGAUGUCACACAACACCUCAUGAAGUUAUUAAAUGACUCCGUGAACUUGUUCACAGAGAGAGACUGGCACAUCCUGGAAGAUAUCAAAGAGAACCACUGCUUCACUUCCUUAGACUUCCAACAGGAGACAACAGCACCUUCCAGGAAAUACGAGAUGGAAUAUGAGCUUCCCGAUGGGCAAACCAUCAUUAUCGGCAAAGAGAGAUUCCUGUGCUCCGAAAUACUCUUCAAGCCGUCCUUGAUAAACUCGCAGCAGCUGGGGCUUCCUCUCCUCACCAUGACUUCCCUCAAUAAGUGCGACGUCACUCUCAAAAAGAACCUGAUGGGCAACAUCUUGUUGUGUGGGGGCUGUACGAUGAUUAAAGGCUUUGCUGACCGCUUCCAGAGAGAGCUGAUUAAAAUGUGCCCAAAUGACAAUCCCAUUUCGUCAGCUGCCCCCGAGAGGAAAACGUCGGUGUGGACCGGAGGCUCCAUCUUGGCCUCCCUUAAGGCUUUCCAGCAGCUGUGGGUUUAUAGGAAAGAGUAUGAAGAACGAGGUCCUUUUUACAUCUACAGGAAAUGUUUCUGAGCUCCCAUCACUGAUUUAAAACUCUCUUUCUCUCUCUCUCUCACACACAAGCUAGAUGUAGAGAGGCUAAAGAAGUCUCACACCCGCUUUUCUGUUAGUACCCAUCGAAAAGUUACUUGAUCUGUGAGCACUAAUGGAUUGCUUACUUUCCGUUCUCCCUGUAUUAAAAGCCCAUAGUAAACACUCUGCAGUUAUAACAAAGUGGUUUUCCAUUUCUUGACACGAGUGGCAUGGCAAAUUUUGCGCAUAGGUAAGGCCUUCCUGCUGGAUCCAGUCGCGAGUUAUGUCAAUGGGGCUUUGUUCUCAGGAAGCAAGUGUAGCAUCAGGCUGGAUUUCUGUCUUCUAGAAGAAACGGGAAGCUGGAAUUAUUUUGCCUUACGUUCCAAAUGGUCAUGGGCGUUGAACAUGAAAACACUGCCUGCUAGGCCAACAUAUUUCAAAUAUUUUUGCUUGGGGAAAGGGACGAGCCUUUUCACUUAUAAAAUGUGUUGCGUGUGAAUGAGACAAAAGUUGUGUUCCUUUCAGGGGUGCCUUACUCUUUUCUAGCUCAAGAAUAGCAGUGCAGAGCGAAACAAACAAAAAGUUAAAAGUUGCUAUAUCAAUAUAGCAUUUACAUACACAAUCGGCAUAAUGCAGCACUGCAAUCCUAUACACACACACUUACCAUAGCUGCCAAGUUUUCCCUUUUCUCGCGAGGAAGCCUAUUCAGCACAAGGGAAUUUCCCUUAAAAAAAGGGAGAACUUGGCAGCUAUGACACUUACCUGGGAAUAAAUGCCAUUGAACUAAAUGGAAUUUGGUUCUGACUAGGCAUGCACACAGGGACCCAGGUGGCGCUGUGGUUAAACCACUGAGCCUAGGGCUUGCUGACCAGAAGGUCGGCGGUUCGAAUCCCUGUGAUGGGGUGAGCUCCCGUUGCUUGGUCCCAGCUCCUGCCAACCUAGCAGUUCGAAAGCACGUCAAAAUGCAAGUAGAUAAAUACAGCGGGAAGGUAAACGGCGUUUCCAUGUGCUGCUCUGGUUCGCCAGAAGCGGCUUUGUCAUGCUGGCCACAUGACCUGGAAGCUAUACGCCGGCUCCCUCGGCCAAUAAUGUGAGAUGAGCGCGCAACCCCAGAGUCGGUCAUGACUGGACCUAAUGGUCAGGGGUCCCUUUACCUUUAGGCAUGCACACAAUUUUGCUAAAAGCCCUACUCUUAACUAAAAACUUGAGGCAUACUUUGUUCUUUUCAGCAAGAUAGUUUUCUUUUUAUUGCGGGCAGAGAGAAUUAUCUACCUUCAGAGAUGUCCCUCUAAUAAUUCCUGCCCCCCUGCCUCAUGUUUUGAUUUCAUUGAAUUAACAGUGGUGCCUCGCAAGACGAAUUUAAUUCGUUCCACGAGUCAAUUCGUUUUGCGGAAAAUUUGUCUUGCGAAUCGCGGUUUCCCAUAGGAAUGCAGUGAAAUUUCUUUUUUUUGGCCCAUAGGAACGCAUUAAUUAAAUUUCAGUGCAUUCCUAUGGGAAACCGCGAUUUGCAAGACGAAUUUUUCGCAAAACGAAUUCAUCUUGCGAGUCACCAUCAGAUCGCAAAACGCAUUUGUCUUGCGAAAAAUUCGUCUUGCAAGGUGCUGCUGUACCGUAUUGGCCUGAAUAUAAGCCACAGCUUUAAAAUGGGGGGGGGGAUACCUG